GGCUUUAAUUCAAAUAUGACUGGUCAGAAAGCAAUUGCCCUUGAAGAUUUCUGCAACUCUUUAGGUCAUGCCUUCAUCAGAUUUGAUUAUACAGGAUGUGGAAGUUCAGAUGGCAAACUUGAGGAGUGUACAAUUGGGAAGUGGAAAAAAGAUGUUCUGUCUAUACUGGAUGAACUUACAGAUGGACCACAGAUUCUGGUGGGCUCCAGUUUGGGUGGGUGGUUGAUGCUUCAUGCUGCAAUAGCACGCCCAGAUAAGGUAGCUGCUCUGGUUGGAGUAGCUGUAGCAGCAGACCAUCUUGUAACAACUUUUAAGAAGCUUCCCAUUGAGGCACAAAAAGAAAUAGAAGAAAAAGGUGAGUGGAAGUAUCCCACAAAGUAUAACAAGGACGGAUAUUACUCCUUGACGUACGACUUUGUCAGAGAAGCGGAAAAUCACUGUGUGCUAAACAGCCCCAUUCCUGUAACGUGCCCCAUACGACUCAUUCAUGGCAUGAGGGACAGCGAGGUCCCCUGGCAGGUCUCCAUGCAGGUUGCUGAACGUGUUCUGAGCCAAGAUGUGGAUGUCAUCCUCCGCAAAACCGGCCAGCACCGGAUGAGCGAGAAAGAGGACACGAAACUGCUCGUGAAUACUGUUGAUGAUUUGAUUGACAAGCUGGCAACUCUGGCGUGA